UAAACAAAACCUCAACUGGCUCCCGACGAUUAUGUGAGUAUUCUUUUGGACCGUAUACAAAAAGAAUUUUGUCUGUGGACUAACUAAACUUUUGUCUACGAAUCAAUUAAUACACACUACAAAGACAAAAACAUUCCUUCUGAUCUAGUAAGUACUGUAUUAAGCAAUAAAUUACCUUCAUUAAGGUGUAUAGAUCAGAUCUCAAACAUAACCUUGGGGUGUUACCGGGUCAAAAUGAAAGACCCGCUCAAUCCGGGUCGGGUCCAACUCCUAACAAGAAAAGGAGCGGAGGAACCAAACCAUGACGUGUAAAACUAUGACUGGCUAACGACAACUUCUCUUCCUUCAAUCAAAAUCGAUUCUUGACGUUCUGGAUCGGAAAAGUCAUCUCCUUUUUAGGGUUCCUCCGAAGUCAAAAAAGCCAUUUUUUGCUCACUGUUCCAAAGAUUUUACCUUUUUCACUUUCUGUUAUAAGUAAACCUUACUCACUCCCGUGAUCUUCUCCAGUGAGUGAGCAACUUGAUUAUUUCUCUACAACAUUUUCUUAAAACAAUGUGUUGUAAAUGCAGCUAGGGUUUCUCGGAAUCGGUGCGUACAAUUACAAUCUCUUGGAAUUGGGUUUAAGGGCUUUUGGGAAAUUGCAAUUCUUCUUAGUCGCGAUCGAAAAGUCGGAGACUUUUAGGACAAUGUCGGCCUCCGACCGAGAGUUCCGUUCAGUUCUCGUUCCCGCCGGUAACAAGCUGCAGCAGAAACCGUUGUCAAAGCCGGUGAAGAAGACCGCUAGUAAAUCGAAAGACCUAACCUUUACGGCGUCUCCGGCGAAGAAGAGUUCGUCUCCUCUGAGCCCUUCGAUUCUGAGGAGGAACGGUGUCUCAAUGAACGCAUCGUACUCGUCGGAGGCGUCGUCUUCGUGCGAGUCGUCGCCGUUGAGUAUGGCGUCUACUUCUAGCGGGAAGAGGGGUUUGCGGCGUACCGGGUCGAACUCUUCAAGCACACUGAGAAGGAAUAUGACGGAGGAGACAGGUGAUUGCUUCUCUGAUGGUCGUAGAAGAUGCGCUUGGAUCACUCCCAAAUCUGACCUAUGUUACAUUGCGUUUAGUUAUAUUUGA